UCGUGUCAUAACUUGUUUGUUUUUGUUGUGAAGAGGUCAUGAUAUUUGUGCAAAAUUAAGAAAAAAACUGUAAAUUAAGGUGCUUAAUGGGGUAACUUCAUACAUUGACAUUCAGAUAAACCAUGUCGCAAAGAAAUACGAAAAUGAUGAUGCUUUUAGCACAAAAAAAUAAGGCGUUGAGGGAAAAGUUUAAGGAAUCCAAACAAUUACAACGUAAUAUUAAAACGAUCGAUCCCGACUUUUUUCCUACUAGUGAUUCAGAUGAUGAUCCCGCAUUUUCAAGAUUCAACAGUGCUGAUCAAUUACUAGCUCCGAUUCUUCCUUCCUCAAAUGGUUUCGACUUUGAAGAUUCACAUUUUUUAUCGGGUCCGUGUACAUCAAACGUUGAUUAUUUCGCUAUGCAUCAGGAUGAUCAAAACACAGAAAUCGGGAAUAACAACAAAUCCCCUAACUCAUUGAUCACAUUGACAACUGUGCCAAUUAUUGAACAUAAUGAUUUAAGUGACAUAUCAUCGCCAGGCUUUUGUUUUAAUACACACAACAUACACAAUGUUUUUAAUUGCGGUAAUCCAGAACCUUUGAUCACAGAUACUAUUGAAGAUCAACAAAGAUCCUGUAUUUUUCAAGAUGAUACAGAAAAAAUAUUGAUAACUGCUUCCGAUAAUACUAUUUGCACUUCUGAAUCUCUUAGGAAUAAUUCAAAUGUGAUAAGUGUUCAAUACGAAAAAUCUGUUGAGAAUUCAUCUCAAGGACACGAAGUGACACCAAAUGAUAAUCUUAGGGACACCGAGAAUCUGACACAAAACGAGAUAGCUGAUGGAAAUACACAUAUUAUGGAAAUAUAUUAUGGAUGGAAAUAUACAUCUUACAACUUAUACUAAGGCCGGUACAAUUAGGAAAAGAAAAAACACGACCAACCUCUCAAAGUCAGAAAUGAAGUGAAAAAAAGUGAGAUUAGAGAGAAACAUAACGUUAAACCACCCUGUCCUGCUUCAUGCAAAAAGCAGUGUAUCCAAAAUAUAUCGGAAGAGCAGCGAAAAAUUAUAAAUGAGAGCUUCUGGAGUUUGAAUGACAAAGAGAGGAAGGCUUAUAUGCUGCAUCACACCUCAGCUAAAUCUGUGAAACAAAGAACAGUAACAAGAUUUGAAUCAGAGGAGUACAGAAAAAAAGUAAGCUACAGUUAUUCACUUAAGGACGUGCUCUGUACAAAGUAUGGAGUAUGUAAAACCUUCUUUUUGACAACUUUGGGCUACAAAUUAUCUAAUGACAAACCUUUACAUACGGCUUUGGCCAAUUCUAACGACACGGUUGCACCACCAGUAGACAAAAGACUGGGAGCUACUCCUCACAAUAAAAUUGAAUCUACUCCUAUUAAGGAACAUAUAAUGAGCUUUGAGCCGAGUAUAUCUCAUUACAGGCGUGAACACGCUCCCAAUCGCUUAUACUUACCCAGUGAUUUGACAAUCAGUGCGAUGCAUAAAGACUUUUUAGAAAAAAAUCCGUCUUGCAAAGUAUCUUACGAUAAGUAUCGAGAAGUAGUCGCAGAAUUCAAUAUUUCUUUUGUAAAGCUUGGCCACGAAGAGUGUGAGGACUGUGAAGAGUUCCGUUUACACGAUGAUACACAUACCAAAGAAAACCUUAAAGAAGACUGUCUAGGUUGCACGAAGUGGAAAAGUCAUAACAAACGGGCAUACAUGUCCAGAGAGCAGUAUAAAUUAGACAGUGAGCUAAAUGAAACUGAUACUGUUGUAUAUUCUGCUGAUUUACAAAAAGUUAUCAUGCUGCCCAGGAUAGACAAAACUGCAAACUGCAAAACUGCUAUUUUUACUCAUAGGAUAGUGGUUUACAACGAAAGUUUCGUGCCAACUGGUCAAGGCCGAAAAUAUUUGAGUGUUUUUCCUGUACUAUGGUAUGAAGGGUUGUUUGGACGUUCCAAAGCCGAAAUUAUAAGUGCAUACUAUCAAUUUUUUAUUUUUCAUCGGGAUAAAAAAAAUAUCAUACUAUGGGUUGAUAAUUGUUCCUCCCAGAACAAAAACUGGACGUUUUUUUUUUUCUUAAUUUAUAUUAUAAAUUCUAAAUAUAUCAACGCCGACAAGAUUGUCAUCAAAUAUUUUGAAUCCGGCCACACCUUUAUGUCAGCUGAUAGUUUCCAUCAUAGGGUAGAGCUGUCCAUAAAACGCAUGAAAAACAAAAUUUAUGAUUUCGCAGAUUUUUCUCAGGCAGUUAGCACUGCAGGAAAAAAUGUAAAAAUUAAAGAGAUGAACAUGCAAGACUUUUAUGACUGGGAUGAUUAUACCACACAAUAUGCACUGUCUCGAAUUAAACCGCGUCCAUAUGUCAGUGAAAUGGUUGAUGUUGAAGUUAAAAGAGGCAGUUUUGAUAUCACCUACAAAACAGGAUUCGAUCAAAAUGCAAUUACUGCUAGCAUUAUAGGAAAAAAAAUUUUAAAAAGUCAUGUCUUGCCUCCACCAAAAAAGAAAACUGCUCCGGAAGGAAUUUCAAGAAACAAAAAAGAAAAUAUUUUGAAAUCUUUUCAAAAUAUAAUACCACAAAAUAGAAUGUCCUUUUGGAGAGAACUCCCUACUUUUGACUACUAAAAUUCCUUCCAAAAACCGUUUGUUUUUAAAUAUUUUUUUAUGUAAUUUCAAAUUUUAAUAAUAAAAAAACGUUAUAUAUAUA